AUGCUGACUCCCAAAAUCGUAGCUGAUGCGCCUCGAUAUUUGAAUGGAAUCAAGCAGCGGGAAAUCCUUCUGCGGGGGCACCAGGCUGUGAAAAUUGAACAUCUGGGUAUUGUGCAAAAUCUUGUUCAGUCUAUCGACUUGUCUGACAACCUGAUUGAGCAUUUGGGCAACUUCCCCCGCCUGACCAGAGCAGUUUCUUUGUUGGUCACAAACAACCGCAUCAGAACUAUUGAUCCUCAAUUAGGCACGAAACUACCUCUUCUCCAAUCCUUAUCUCUUUCGCACAACCGUAUCGACUCGCUGGCCGAGCUACGCGCACUAGUCUUAUUAGCCAAGCUUGAAUAUUUUGCUUUGGAUAACAAUCCGAUAAGUCAACAUCCUUACUAUCGUUUGUACAUUUUAUGGCUUGCUCCGCAAAUACGAGUGCUUGAUUUUGAGAGGGUCCGAGAUAGCGAACGCGACCAAGCUAAAAAACUGUUUGGAACUUUGGCAGAUCCCACCGAGCUGGUGGCUUCGGUAGAGGGCAAAGAGUCUACCAAAAUGGAAGCACCAAAAGUCGCCACAAAACUGUCUGAAGAGGAGAAGCAGGAGUUGCGCAAUAAACUUGCUUCAGCUACGACUUUGGCGGAGAUAGACGAAAUAGAGGCUCUACUACGAGCCGCAACCUAA